AUGUUGCUCAAAGUAAAAAUCUUCUUUAUUGGAGUCGUAUUUAUUGUAGUUUUUAUAGUUGCUGUGGUGGUCGGAUAUCGCUUAGCAACAGAAGUGGGUAACCAAACGUCAACACAGAGGAAUGUCACAACUACAGGAGAAAUACAGGCGACUACGGAACCAACAUACCAUAUGCAAGAUUGUGACUCAGUUCAACAUUUAGUUGGUGGCAAUAGUGGGGUAUAUCAAAUACAACCUAUCGGAGUGUUACAGCCCUUUGAUGUGUACUGUGAAAUGACAGAGUCUGGAGCAUGGACCGUCAUACAACGUAGACAAAGUGGUUAUGUUGGCUUCUACAGAAACUGGGACGAAUAUAAAGCCGGAUUUGGAAACAUCGACGGUGAAUACUGGAUAGGCAAUGACAACAUUAUCUUGACUAACCAGUCGUCAUACAAGUUGAGAAUAGACUUAGAAAAGUUUGAUGGAGACACUGCUUAUGCUGAGUAUGAUGCGUUCAGUGUGGAAGAUGAAAACAGUAACUACAUAUUGCAUUUGGGAAAUUGUUCAGGUACGGCUGGUGAUGCAAUGAGAUGGAAUGACAAUACUGAGGCUGAUGGUCAACCAUUUACAACUUAUGACAGAGACAAUGACAAUGCCGUUCAUCCCAUAGCUGGUGCUAGUAGUAAUUGUGCUCAAGAAUACCAUGGUGCGUGGUGGUUCAAUUCAUGUUCAUCGGCCCAUUUGAAUGGAAUCUACUAUCCAAAUGAGGAUUACGAAAUCGAUUCUAUAAUGUGGAAAACAUGGAAUAAUUUUGUCGCUUUAAAAUCAUCUACUAUGAAAAUACAGGAUACUGCUUAG